AUGCCUGUGCCGGAGGGUCGAUGGGAACCAAUAUAUGAAAGGUUCCGCAAGCAACACCCACCAAAUUUUGAAGGGGGCUCAAAUCCAAUGGAAGCUGAGGAAUGGUUAAGAACAAUGGAAGGUAUUGUUGAGUACAUGUGGCUCAGUAACGGAGAUAGUGUAGCUUGUGCUGCUAGUUUAUUGAAAGAGGAUGCCCGCAUCUGGUGGGACAUUAUUAAACAAACACGGGAUGUAGCCGCAAUGACCUGGGCUGACUUUGUACAAGUUUUUAACAAAAAAUACUACAGUGAAGCAAUACGCUCAGCUAGAGUUAAUGAGUUCACAAACUUGAGGCAGGGUAAGUCUACGAUUCACAGUAUGCUCGCCAAUUUGAUGAUUAGCAAAGUUUGCCACGGAUCCGGUUCCUACCGAGUUUCGAGGAUUCAUCGUUUUGCGAAGGGCUCGACUCCCGAAUAA